AUGUCCAAGUCGAGCCCCGCUAAUUGCAUGUUCAAGGUCAUAGUGGUGGGAGAUAGCGGAGUGGGAAAGACGAACCUCUUACUCAGGUACACAAAAGAUGAGUUCAAAGAAAAUCCUGCCUGCACGUUGGGAGCAGAAUUGAGCAGAGUUGAAAAAAAUAUAGACGAUGAUCACGUGAUUGUCGAUUUGUGGGACACUGCAGGACAGGAAAAGUUCAAGAGUUUGACCAAAAUCUACUGCCGAGGAGCUCAUGGAGUCAUAUUAGUGUACGACAUCUCAAAUCAUCACUCGUUCGAACAACUCGAGUCCUGGUUCCAGACCCCCUCUGACAAAGGUGUGGAAAAAUCCAGAAAGCAUUUGCAGGACAACGGUCUUCUGGCAUUGCCGUUUGAUAAGGGGGUGGGUUUUUGUGUAAUAAAAAAGGAGACACAUGAGAAAAAACUGAAACAUUUAUUACAGGCAGAACAAUUUAGUGAGAGGAAGAAUCUGACAGACAGCGUGAUUAUGGAAAUUGAAAAAGAUAUAAACAAAGAAUUACUCGCCAUGAAAAAGAAGGACGAGAUUAGCGAAGCGCUGUAUACUAGGUUGAGAUAA